ACAGAAGGAGCAGAUCAGUCCAUUCACGGAAUCGUUCGCGUAAAGUUCGUUGUUGGAAAGUUUUUGGUAACCGUCUCGGUCGAAAUACUUAGAAACUCUCCUAGUGAUAAGUUCCAAUGAAUGUGCUGUUGUGGGAAAAAAUCUUUCGUGAAUUCAUAAACGUCCUGGCGUUAUCGUGGAAUUCGGUGUACUCGGUAUGACAAAUGUGAAUGUUUUGGAACAGAACCCUACCACAAAAUUGGUGAAACUCUUGCCCUUGAUUGACGCAGUGUGAAUGUGGGCUAUGGCCAUUCGUUCAUAAACGUAACCCACCGUCUCGUUUCAAUUAUCGUUCGCAACUUUGUACCUGCCAGCAGAAAGACCGGUGUAAAUUAAUUACUCGAACUAAUCAUGACGAGGAGCGCAGCACUGCCUUCGAAACCACUGUCAACGUUGCUCGUAAUAUUGAUAUCGUUCGCGAUGUCGUGGAUUCAAAUAUUUGCCUACCAGCUGCCUUCAGCGCCCCAACCGAUCCGGCACAUCGACGAACAUCCGUCGCACCACCUUCAGCAGGACAUAAUGGACUUUAUCGACCUGAUCCCGUUCGACGAUGUGCACUCGCUGAUGCAGUACUACUAUCACUACGACGCUGAGGUCGAGAAUGCCUUCGAUUAUGUGUGCAGUGAAGACUACUCGCAGAUAAAGUUGGAAAUUGUGAACCUCAACGAGGUGCGAAACUUUCGCCGCUAUCUGGACGGCAUCGGUUUCAGUGUGGAGCACGUAUGGCAGGAGCUUAGCGCGCGGUUCAACGUGGACGAUAUCUUUGCCGAGCCGAACGAGACGAUACGAAAUUUAAAUCUCACCACCCGGGGACUGAACGGAUUAGUCGAUGACAUAUUAGCACUGCUGCCACAGGACGAGAUAAUCCUGCUAUUCUUCGACAAACUGGAGACCAGCAAUGAUUUCUCGUACUUUUUCGAGCAGAUCGGCAGCGGGGAGUUCGAAAGUGUGCUCAAUAUGCUGCAGAGCUCGCAACAGCUGAGGAUUCUGCUGUGGAGAUUACAACGACAUGGCUUUGAUAUUCCCGGAUGGAUUCAGCAGAUUCAGCGAUACUUUAGCUUUAGUAGUUUUUAGCAUGGAGCUCCAAUAAAUUUCAGUUAACAUGAAAA